AUGCGGGGUAUUACAUUGAAAACUUACAUUGUUGAUCUCCACAGUAAAGACCCAUUCAACAUAUUGCAAGGUGAGAUAAGUCCUUUGCUGGACUUACCAUAUUUGAAAUUCCUAGACUUGAGCCUCAACGAUUUCCACCGGGAUUCAAUUCCAGAGUUUAUUGGUUCUCUUCAGUAUAUAGAAUAUGUCAACCUAUCUAAUGCCAGUUUUCGAGGAACCAUUCCCACUAAUCUUGGAAACCUCUCACACUUGGAGGUUCUGGAUUUGAGUGGAAACUGCUUUUCUUUAAAAGCCGACAACCUCAAUUGGGUUUAUGGUCUUUCUUCUUUGAAAGUUCUUUAUCUGGGUGGUGUUGAUCUUAGCAAUGCAGAUGAUUGGCUUGAUGCAGUAAAUAUGCUACCUACUCUGGUAGAGUUGAGUUUAUUCUUUUGUAAAUUUCACAAACUUCCUCAAAAUUUGCCUCAUGUGAAUUUUACUUCUCUUAAAAUCCUUGAUCUCUCAUAUAAUGAUUUCAGUUCUACAAUACCAGAUUGGUUGUUUGACAUUGGCCAUAGUCUUGUUUACCUUAAUCUUUCAAGAUGUCAGUUACAAGGUCUGAUCCCGGAUGCUAUUGGGAACCUGACUUCUCUCACUUGA